AUGGCACGAAAGUUGGUCAUCCUAUACCUUUGCUUUAUAACCUUAUGUCAUGGAGUCAACAGUUUCAUUAUACCCACUCAAAGACCAACCGCAACGACUACUCGUGCUAGGGAAAAACUGGAUCUAAGAGAAGAAAUAAUAACCAAUGAAAAGAAAAUAUCAAAUCUUACAAGACAAAUCUCAGAAGACUACAGAAAAUACAGAAUAAGACAAUGA